GCGACCAAAAAAAGUCAACACUUUCUCUUCCAAAUCCUUUGUUCUCUUCACGAGACAGAACCUGAGUUACUGUAAUAGCCGCAAUCUCCAGGUAUGUCUGUCUAAUCUCCCGAUUCCUAAAGUCUCAAACUUUAGCUUGUUACAAUACUUUCUAUGUCUAAUUAAGUUGGAAGAAGUCAGAAAGCUUAUCAAUUUCAAUUUGAUUGAGUGAAAAAAAAUCAAAUCUUUAUCCUGAAAGUGGUUGUGAGUCGUUGAAGAAAAAAGUUUCGAGCUUUAUCAUCAAUCAAUCCAUGAGCGUUAGAUGGCCAAGAGUGUUAACCCCAACGCUUCUUUCCCAAAUCCUAAAGAAGCAAAAGAGCCCCGUCACAGCGCUCCGUCUCUUCGACCAAGCGAAAGAGAGGUUCCCUAGCUACAACGGCCACAACGGCUCCGUCUACGCCGCCAUGAUCCUCAUCCUCGGCAAAUCCAAUCAUCACAUUCCUGAAAUGAAGUAUGUCAUAGAGAAGAUGAAGGAAGACUCUUGCGAGUGUAAAGAUACAGUCUUUGCAUCGGCUAUUAAAACAUUCUCAAACGCUGGGAGGCUAGACGACGCCGUUUCUCUCUUCAAGAGCCUCCACGAGUUCAACUGCGUGAACUGGACUCUUUCCUUUGACACUCUUAUGCACGAGAUGGUUAAAGAAGAGAAGCUCGAAGCCGCUUGUGGCUUAUUCAGAGAGUAUUGUUACGGGUGGGAGGUGAGUUCGAGAAUCAAUGCAUUGAAUCUGCUUAUGAAGGUUCUCUGCGAGGCCAACCGCUCUGAUCUUGCUUCUCACGUCUUCCAAGAGAUGAACUACCAGGGAUGUUACCCGGACAGGGAGAGCUACAGGGUUCUGAUGAGAGGGUUUUGUCAAGAAGGGAAGCUUCACGACGCCACGCAUCUGCUGUACUCCAUGUUCUGGAGGAUCUCUCAGAAAGGCUCGGGCGAGGACGUUGUGGUUUACAGGAUGUUGUUGGACGCGUUGUGUGACGCUGGGGAGGUCGAGGAGGCUGUUGAGAUUCUCGGUAAGAUUCUGAGGAAAGGACUAAAAGCUCCGAAGAGAUGUUACCAUCGUAUAGAAGCUGGACACUGGGAAGGUACCAGUGAAAGUAGAGAACGAGUGAAACGUUUGUUAACAGAGGCUUUGAUCAGAGGAGCUAUUCCCAGUUUGGAGAGCUAUACCGCCAUGGCUACCGAUCUUUUCGAGGAAGGGAAGGUUGUUGAAGGUGGAGAAGUGCUUCUCGCGAUGCGGAGGAGAGGCUUUGAGCCGACGCCUUUCAUCUAUAGCGCCAAGGUUAAGGCACUGUGUAAAGCUGGGAAGGUUGAAGAAGCGGUUUCUGUUAUCAACAAGGAGAUGAUGGAAGGUCGUUGCCUACCAACGGUUGCGGUGUACAACGUUCUUAUAAGAGGCUUGUGCGACGAGGGAAAAUCAAUGGAAGCUGUUGGAUAUCUCAAAGAGAUGACUAAGCAUGUUUCUUGCGUAGCGAAUGAAGAAACGUAUCAAACUCUGGUGGAUGGUUUGUGUGGGGAUGGCAAGUUUGUGGAAGCGAGUCAGGUCAUGGAAGAGAUGUUGAUUAAAAAUUUCUUCCCUGGUGUUGAAACUUACAGUGUGUUGAUCAAAGGUCUUUGUGGUAUGGAGCGGCGGUAUGAAGCUGUGAUGUGGUUGGAAGAAAUGGUUAGUCAGGAUAUGGUGCCUGAAUCUUCUGUGUGGAAAGCUUUGGCUGAGUCUGUUUGCUUUGGGGCUGUUGAUGUUGUUGAGACAAUUGAGCAUCUAAUUAGUAGCAAAUGUUAAAUCAUACUCCUCCGUAUUAAACGAUGUCGUUGUAGAAUAAAAUUUUCGUUGCAAAAUAAAUUUCGUUUUAAGAUUUUAAUGCAAUGUA